AACAGCCUUAGUGAACAGUGAGCUCGGAAAAUCCGUGUGUAAUCAUCGGAAAUGAAUGCGGUAGGAUCUACGUAAUUUCAGAUUAAAGGAAGUACCUGAAACUAUAUAUUUAACAGGAUUUGUUGUGAUCCAUUUUGAGACGUCACACAUGCAAGAAUCAUGGUAGUUGAGACACCCUCCAAUGUGGUGUUUGUAAUUGAAGGCACGGCUAACCUUGCAGCAAACUUUGAAAAGUUGAAGACAUCUUAUAUAGUACCAACACUUGAACAUUUUAAUGGUGGGCCACUUGUUGAGAGUGAUUUCUGUGGUGAUUAUGGAGGGACUAUCUAUUGCUUGGUGAUUUAUCAUAGCAUUGACCAUCUACCUGAACCAACAGUCACAUUCUACUCACCAACAAGCAACGCGUGGCAAUUUCUUAAAUGGAUUGACGAUAUAUCAUUUGUUGGUGGCGGUGGUGAGGCGUCAAGUCUAGCUGCAGAGGGUCUUGGGGCUGCUCUUGGAAUUCUAGACGAUUUGAAAAUUAAACGUGAUCAAGGGAUCAACUAUAAGCAACAGUGUGUUUUGUUCUGUAACACGCCGCCCUUUGAUGCACCAAUCAUGGAAGGUCCACGCUACAUGGGGUACACUGCAGACCAGGUUGCUUCCAAGAUGGCAGAGCGUGGUGUGAACUUAUCAGUGGUCAGUCCAAGGAAGCUGUAUCCAUUGCAGCGCCUGUUCGAGCGUGCCUUGGGGGAUGUUCAGAUGUCCUCUAUGAAAGAUUAUUCAGUUGACCCUCAUCACAUGGUACUACUAAGGGGGUUUCAGUUAAAAGAACAACCCUCGCACAUCAGUAUGGACAGUCAAAAUUCUCAAGCAGGGAAGACUGUAGCCACUACCCCUGUGGCCAAAGUGGCACCAAUGAGCGGUACGGUGGCCAGUAGUGUAAAUACCAAUAGCAGUACAGCAGGGUUCACAAAGCCCUCUCCAACUUUAGCAGGAGGGGGAACACAGGUGCUAAGCCCCAGACCUGUAGGUGGUGGGGGUCAUAUUGGUAUUGGCUCACCCUCAUCUCAAGUUACAAGUGGAUUUAAAGUACCUGGAAGCAAUGCUUCAAAUCCUGGAAUUGUUAAUGCAAACAACAAGAUCCCACAAUUUUCUCAAGGAAAUAUGCAGAUGAAGACAGCUAAUCAGGCAGUUGCCAAAGUUACACCACAGCAAGUUCAAACACAAGCGAGUUUGACCACAGUGUCAAGCCAACAGUUCAGCACGUAUCAAACACAACCAGGAGUCGUCUCGCAGCGUAUAAAUACAACGAUGAAUAACCAAGUCUCAGCUGCAAAUCAAAUGCCAAGCAAUCAGGCACUGGUCAACCAAAUGACAGGAAAUCAACAAUUGACCAAUCAAAUGCAAAGCAAUCAACAAUUGACCAACCAAAUGCAAGGAAACCAACAGUUAACCAGUCAGAUGCAAGGAAAUCAAUCGCUAACAAAUCAAAUGCAGGGUAACCAAUCUCUGCCCAAUCAAAUGCAAGGAAAUCAAUCAUUGACCAAUCAGAUGCAAGGAAAUCAAGCAUUAUCCAACCAAAUACAAGCAAAUCAAUUAUUAUCAAAUCAAAUGAAUCAGACACUAGGCAACCAAAUGGGGAAUCAAGGACUUACAAAUCAAAAUAUGAUGAUGAGUAGAUCGACAGCAUUACAAGGAAACCAACCUUUGACCCCAUCAGGACUUGUAAAACCUAUGGCAAACACAAAGGGGCAAGGAAUUGUACAGAUGCCAAACCCUAUCGAAGCGAUGGGGAAUAGGCCCAGAGUAGUAAAUCAACCGGCAACUCAACCAAUGAUGCAGCAUGCAAGGCCAGGCUUGGCUCAACAACGAGCUAAGUUAUUGCAGCAGCAGCAGCAGCAGCAACAGCAGAAUGUAUCUGCCAGUAUGAAUUUCACAACAAACCCAUCAACCGCACAACCAAAAUUACUUCCUGGUCUACCAGUAGCUUCGUCUGCAUCACAACCAAACGUUACCAUCAAACCAUUGUAUGAUGCCAACACAGUGGUUCCCCAGGGAGCCCAACAGGCUGCAGAAGCUGCCCUCAUCACGGCUCGUACACAAGCAAUGGACUGGCAGAACAGGCCUGCAACGAACAACCAGCCAAACAUGCCGAUGCCAAACUUUCCUCAACCGACUAUGAACCCUUCCCAGCAGCAGCAGGCGCCAAACAUACCAAGACUACCGACAGCACCAGUGAUGAAGCUACCAGGUGUUAGACAACCGAUACCAAAUGCACAACCAACCCAGAUGGCAACCAAACCAAUGAGAAUUGGACAAAUUAGGAAUAUGUGGAAAGGAGUGUUGGAGUGGAAUGAGCGGGCAAGAAACGCUCAAGAAUCGAAAAUCACAAGGUCGUUGAACUGUAACGUGACGAGUCAGGAUGACUCGGUCAAGAUGAACAAUUGGCCGCAGAAGCUAGUCAUGCAGAUUAUACCACCACAUCUUCUUACCUCAUUACGGCCGUUGAUUGCAGCUUCCAAGCAGGUUCAGUUUAACUUUCCUCAGGACAAUGACCCAGAAGCACUGAAUGCGCUCAACCGUGUCAUGCCUACUGGAUUUGCCGGAUGCGUCCAUUUUGAGCAGCGGGUUGGACUGGUGGGGCAGCAACGUGUCACUGUUCUUAUGUUAUACUAUGUGGUGCAAAAGAAGCAGUUUAUUGGCGUGAUUCCCAAUGACCAAGCACGCUUCAUUCAGGAGUUUAAGAACAUCGUGUCGAGGCAUAAGAAAGGUAGAGACAAUCCUCAGCAAGCCGGAGUACAGCAGCAGUUACAACCAGGUCAGAUGGGAAGGCCUGUUAUGACGACAUCAAUGAAUGCCAACCCAGCUAUGACAAUGCAGCAACAGCAACAGCAGCAGCAACAACAACCGCAACAAACACAACAGCAGCAGCAAACACAGCAACAACCUCAGCAAGCACAGCAGCCACACUUUAGCAAUGCAAUUAACCAGAAAAUUUUCAAUAACCAGAUGCAAAUUCAAGAAUUAGAAAAGAAUCUGGCAGCUGCACAAGCCCAGAAUCAACAGUUGAACCAGAUGAAGCUUCAGCAACAACAACAACAACAGCAGCAGAAACAUCAACAAUUGAAGCAACUUCAGCAGCAACAGGUCAUGUUGCAACUGCAAAAUAUCCAGCAACAGCAGACACAAAAUCAGAUACAGCAACAGCAGCAGCAGCAACAACAGCAGCAGCAGCAACAACAGCAGCAACAAAUGACACAGCAAGGAAUAGCAGUAGGAGGUCAGGGUUCAGGUCAACAGCUUCCAUCUAAUAAUCCUCAGCUACGUCAUCUUCUGAUGAACCAAGCUCAGUCACAGGCACAGCAACCACAAGCGUCUGUUCCGAACCAACACGGAUGGUCUUUGUCACAACCGCAACAGCCACAACAGCAGCAAUUCCAAAGAGGACCGGCACCCUCUAUGAUGAUGCAACAACCAAUGCAGCGACAAAAUGUAAACCAGCCAAAUCAGAUGGCAAUGAACCAGAAUAUACAAAUGAACCAGCCUGGAGCGAUGAUUGGGGAUGAUCUCAGCAUUAUUGACUUACUGAAAUAGUUUAUUGGACACAUCAAGGUUUCUUGUAUGUGAGUGCAAGAGAAGUGCAAAAUAUUAAGAAUAGUGGUUGUGAGAUUUAAAGAAAUUGUGUGAGAUUGGUAUGAUUUUGUGAGACAUAAUUAUGAUUGUGAUAGGAAAUGGUUUGUAAGAGGUAAUGGUUGUGAUAUUGAUGAUAGUUUCUAAAGCCAGGCACACUCUCUACUCUAUUUGUGAGCGCAUGGUGAUGCAAUUAUGUCUACUGAUUGUCGGUAACAGCCUGACCAGAUUAAUAUUAACAUUCUCAUUGGGCCUUUCCGCUAAGCCCCUCCCCUUGGAUAUUGUUGUUAAGGUUCCACAAUACGACAUUGUUAAAACAUACGCGAACAUGUGCGUUUGUGGGUCAUCACUUGUGUUUGUGAGAUGCACUCGUAUUCCUAGCGCUGUUCUGGUUGUAGUCCAUUAUUAAAUUUGAUUGACACCUUGGAAAGGUCUAUUGUGACAGCCUACGACCGUUCCUGCAGUGUUUGCCCGGCUUUAGAGUUAGUGAUGUGAGAUAGGUAAUGGUUUGUAAGAAUGAUAAUUGUUUGUGAGAUAUUUUAUGAGAUUGAGUGGUUUGUGAGAUUUACAGUAGUUUGUGGCAUCGGUGGAUGUCCCUGAGAUUAAUUAUGAUGUAUAUAAAGUAAUGGUUCACAGGAAUGACAGUGGUUUGUAAGAAAGUUAUUUGUCGUGAGAAAAUUGGGGGAAUUUGAGUUGACAUUGAGAGUAAAAUUUUGAGGGCCAUAAUAAUCCUAUGCCUUUGUUUUUAAAAUUGAACAGUGAUUCUUGCUUUGAAUGUCAGUGGUGAUUCCAUAAAAUUUGUCAACAAAUCCGAACUAAGUAGCUGCCUAGGGCCUCCGGCCACAAUGGCAGAGUAAAACCAUUGCUUGGAGAGAUUUUAUGGGUUAUGAAGGUUAAAAUUGUGUUUUUUGUAAACCACAUUAUCACAAUCAGGGGGUCCAAGGCUGUCCAACUGUGACAAUUUUCCCCUGAACUCAGCAGGGGCCACCCCUUGGACACAUACACCUGGCUAGUACCGUGGUUAUUUAUGUAAGUCACUCCGUUCAAGAUAGAGUAUGUCAAGUACAGUAAAUUGGUUGAAAAUAUGUUAUUGAAUUUUGUAUUGUGGACAGAACAAGGGAAUAUUUUUGUAGAGGUCAACCAGAACUUUAUCUGUUUGAUUUUAAUAAAAGGAGAUAUGUUUUUUUUCUUCUGGUAGAUUCUGUAUAUAAUUCUUGAAAGAUGAUGUGAUGUGAUGUCAUUUAAUUUUACACAGAAAAAAUUAACGUAUACUUAAAAAAAUAUACAGUAGAUGUAAAACAUAAAUAAAUAGCAUGAAUGAUUUGUGAAGAUGCCAUAAAACAAACAUUUGAUUUUAUUUUUCAUUUACAACCAUUGUUGGAUUACAUCUGAGAGCACAUGGAUUGGGUUGUAAUCAAAUCCCAAUCAAAAUGGAUAAUAUUUUUGUCUGAAUAAUGAAAUAAUAUUAGAAACAGUUUAUUAUGGAAAGAUUUAUUGUGCUAUUUGCAAUAAUUAUUUUUAGCUGCAAUCUCACAGAGUUUUAAUGGUGCUGGUAACCGGUACUAAAGUACCCAGUAUAAAAGGCCACCCUGUGUUAAGUGUAUUCCAGUUUCUAUGAAUUUGUAUCCAAGAUGCUGUAGUGAAGUAUAAGCCUACCCUAAAAGGUUUCAGAUGGAAAGUUAUGUGUACUUGACAGUAUAUGAAACAAUUAUGAAAAUUUGUACUGAAAUUUAGCAUCAAAAUACGAGCUAGGAAUAACCCUUGGCUGACUAGUCCUCCAUGGGUCCACGCUCAGGGAGCUUUGGAUUUGUGCAGCAACGUGAUGCUAUAACAGAUUCACUCACGCAUGACCGUCCUGCAUUGCCUGGACAGCAUCGAUUCAUCGAACAAAUUGUUUCCUAGAAUCCAGGUGUCGAGAAAUUAGUUCUCGCAUGCACAGAUGGCUUCUUAGUGACGUCAUUACGUUAUACUGCUUACAAGCGUUGUGCAAUCGAAAGCUCUUUUAUUAGGCAUAAGUCUUACGACAAACUCUGACCUAUCUUGUUUAACUGUGCUCCCCUUUUUUUCAUAUUCUGAUUACCCCCUCCUCCCACUCUACUCGAAUAUAUGUUGUGUUGAAGAUGUACUGUCUUUCUAAGCUAAGAGAAUUGAAAAAUUCAAUUCUGUAUUUAAAAUUGCUUAAUUUGUAUAUUUAAGUAAUGUGCAGUUAACAAUUUUAAUGAGAAAAACAUUUCCCAAAACUGGUAAAUAAUAACUUUCCUGUAGCUUUUUGCACAGACCCUUAAAAUAAUUGAUAAUUUAUUCAUUAAAAUUGUUGUAAGAUAUCUGUCUAUAUCUCUGUAUAUGUCAUAUGGGUUAUGAUAUUUUCUUAUAAAACGUUAUAAAUUCUGUAGGAUUGCAGCUUUGACGGUCUAGAGAAUUGUUAAGGUAUUGAUUUUAUUUGUAAGGCUUGAAUAUUUUGGAUAGAUUUUGCCAACUGAACUUUGUAAAUGUAUAAAAUCUUUGUACAGAAAUAAAUGGCUAUGCUUGGCAAGAUGAAAGUAUGGUCAAAUAACAACA